AUCCAUGCAUCUUUGAACCCAUCUUCAGAUUGACGGCGCGCAAGGUCUUCUUCACGAUUCUACAUCGAAGCACGUUGGAACUUGGAGUACCUUUUCCCCACCGCAAAAGGCGGGUCCAAGAAAGAAGCCAAAGGACCCUGGGGGGGUUUUUAACGGCUCCAGCAUAGUCCACUUUAGACAGGCUUCGAUGUAGAAUAGUGUUAGAAGCUCCAUAUGAGUGAGGCUUGCAUGCAAGUCGAUUGAAAACAUUCAUAAGCGUUGCCUAUAAUGAUCUCGAACCUUUUAAGAUUAGAAGAUAGGUUGCCUCUAGAAGUAGAACUCGGCGUAUACGCCUCGAGUUGCUUGUGGUAGUUCUAUGCUCUUUUGGGGAUCUGUAGGAGCAUAGGAUGAGAACCAUCGACACAACCCCUAUCCGUACCGGUAAAACGGUCGGAUCGUAUAAUAACACCAUCUUGCCCAGCAGAAUUUUAAGACAGCACCACGAACUAAACUUUGAACUCCUGAAUAGAAGCCAGAGCCCGAGACUGAGAGGCCGAGAGGCGCAUCUGUGCUUUGCAAUGCAGAUUGAAAGAGCUGCCUGAAGCCUGAGGCACGUGAAGCUGGCUCUCUCUGCUGGAGAAUUCUUGCCCUGCUGAGGUUGGGGUCGUGCGAGGACAACACGAGGGAACUUGGAAACUUUUUCAGAAGUAGCUGGACGGGUGCCAAAAUGGAGGCUGCAACAUGCGACACCCUGCCCGACGAGCAGUGGAUCUCCAUCUUCAGCUUGCUGUCUGCCAAGGACGUCCUGCGCAUCUCCUUUGUGGACCAGCGCUUCAAGCGCCUCGCGUUGCAAGUUCCCUUCGUAAAUAACACAAUCCAGUUUUACAAAAAUCCUCGUACUAGCAGGAGCACACCGCCUCUCGUUGCUCCAGUGCUCCAGGAGACAGUUAAGCUGUCUCUGAUUCUGAAAUGGCUCCCAGGGUUUUUGAAGAAUGCCAUGGUUCUGCGUAUGGUAAACCAUGGAACAGGGAACCAGCUUGCACAGUGUGUUGGGGCAAUGAUCCAGGCAGGGGAGGUGCCAACUAGACUGAGGACGCUGGAAUGGCGCACGGUGCCAGCAGCGGAACUGGCGGAGAUUGCACCCUUGCUGCAAGGCAACAUGAGGGAGGUGCUGCUGCAGUUUCUCCCUGAGAGGGGCGGCCUCAGUCUAUUGGGAGGGUUUCUCGCCGCGGUCGCCAAAGCCUGCCCCCACUUGCAAACCCUGCGCCUUCUGGCGCCGUCGACCAAAAUUUCUUCCAGAUACCCCACCCCUUCACAUCCUUCUGACGGCCCUUCAGACGGAGACUCGGACGACGACGCGCCCCCCCGCUUUGCUGACUCGGACCUUGAGGAAGAAUUCAAGGUCGACGACAUAGGCCAGAUAUUUAGGAGCAUGGAAGACGUAUACGACCAGAUGCCGGUCCCAGGGGAACCUAUCCUGCCAAUGCCAGCAGGGGGUGUGUUUCCCGGGAUGUUUCAAAACCCAGGGGAUGUGUGUGACCAAGACGAGGACGAGGAGGUAGAGUCCGACGAAGAGAGCUUGCAAACAAUGUUGGAGGAGGAACUCCGGGCGCAGGUUGCUGGCAGCGGCGGGAAGCGGGGGUGGGGGGGUGGGCAUGCUGGGGAAGUAUGGGGGGGAGAAGAGCAAGGUGACGGAGAGGGGGAUGCACCAGGGUUCCCAGUUUUCGACUCUGCUGAUGUUAGCGGAGGGGAGGAGAAUGCUGAAGAGGAGGGGCCGUCUGAUGAAGAUGGGGGCGGCAGAGGACCGCGGGUUCCUGGGGCAAUCGACGCAGGGAGGCGGGUGCAGCCCCCUCGUAAGCGGGGUCGGGUAGUGCUAGACCAAGGGCACUACCGCCUGAUACCCCCCACUCGCGGUAAGGCUCAGGAUCCCCCCCACCGUGGAGGUCGUGUGGCGGCACGAGACUGGCCGUCCGAUCCAGGUUCCUCAGAUAGUGAGGGUGAGGGGGAUGAUGGGAGCAAAGAUGAAAAAGGGCCCGAACAAGUAGGCUUGCCUGGGGAUCUGAACCGCGCGCCUGGGGGAAAAGAUGCAAAGGAAGCUGGGGGCGAGCAAUGGCCGCCAGGAGGAGGGGGCCCAUCGUCUUUGGAAGACUCACUCAAAGCUGCCAUGAAGAAGAACCUUGAUGCGCCUGGAAACGAGCAGCCAACUGAUGGCGCGGACCUACCAAGCUCUUCGAAAGAAGGGGGCCUUGGAGUGGCUGCAGAAAAGGCUGUGCCUGUUGCGGCGGAUGCUCCGUCCGCUUCAGACGGGGGGGCUGCGGCCAGUCCCGCGAGCAGUGCCCCAAGAAAUGAAGCAGUGCCGAGUUCCAAGAGUGUGGGGGGUCUUGGCGGGCCACCAAACAGGGCCCCUGCGCUGGCGGAGUCUCCAGCCAUGGGGGCGCUCGACAGGCUGAUGGACACUCCCCCAGAGGAUUGGGAGAAAACCUAUGAAGAGCAGUUCUAUGCCAAUCUCGCGGACUUGGCCCCUGGGAAUCUGGGCCCACUGGCGGCUGCCGAGGCGCGAAAGCACAAGGCAUGGGAGCGCGACCCGAACGGGCGGAGAGCGCUGCUCCGGGGGCGGCUGAUGCCCCCCGUCAAGAACUUCGACGAGGCGGUGAGGCGCUUGUUGCAAGGGUGCAAAGUGUUGAAGACGCUGGAGCUGCCGUAUGGAAAGGUGGAGCACUUCUCGAUGGUCCGUCACACGCGGCUGGAGACGCUGAGGGUCAAGGGGAUGGCCGACGUAGCAUACUGCACCGACGCCGUCAACGCGCUGACGCACCAAUUCCGAACGUUGCGCCACCUGUCACUUUCCUGCUCCAGCCGCCUGCCGUGGGGCUACUUGCAGGAGGUGACGAGCAACCUGGGACCGGUGCAAAGCCGGCACUGUGCGUCGACCACUCUCGAAUCGAUCGAGAUGCACGGGUUUAUUUACCCGGGCGACAUUACACUUGACAUGCCUCGCCUCAAGCGACUCGUGUUGAAACGCCCGUACAGGCCUGGCGCUGGGCCCGAUGAGGAAACCGAAGUCGAGUCAGACGAGGAGCGGGCGCCUGUGUUUGAUCUUCGGACGCGUCUCUCCAGAAAGGACCGCCCGAAACCGUCCGACAUGCGUGUGUUGCAGCUGAACUGCCCCGCCCUGGAGGACCUCCGCUUGGGCUUCCCAAUCAACGGCGCCACUCUGUCCGAAGCCGGGUCCACCCUCCCCGCCCUCCGGACGCUCGUCCUCGACGCGCUGUUCGAACCCGAGUUCGUCCUGUCCGGCGGUUUCCCCGCGCUCCGUACCCUGCGCCUCGGCCUCACCUCUUCGUGCGCCACGUCGCUCACGGUCGAACACCCGACGGUGCAAACCCUCACGGCGGCCCUCGGCAGCUUCGCGAAACACCUAGACGGUCGCAAGCACGUGGCGAUUUCGUGCCGCCGGCUGGAAGCUCUAGAGGUUCGCGGGCCGACCAUGCACCGGCGGUUCUUUCCCGGGGCGGAGCCGCCGGACGCGGCGACGGACGGGUUUCUGUCCGAGAUUUGGGCGCCGUGUUUGCGGACGGCGAACCUGCCGGGACGGACGGCCGCGCUGCCGGCCACGCUAAAGUUUACGCCGGAUGUCGAAGAGCUCAAGAUCCACGUGAAAACAGCGCAGGACACAGCGGUGCUGGGUUCCCUCCGCAAGCUGCGCAAGCUGCAGAUCUACUGCGACAAGGGGUGCGACGUCGUCGCAGUCGACAGUGAGAGCCUCGUCGAGUUCCAGCUGGUGGCGCACUCGUGCGAUCUCCGACAAGUACACGUGGCAGCGCCUCAGCUCACCGAGCUCGACCUGUGUAACCCUAGGCACCUACUCGUGCACCUGCGGCAGCUCAAGCUGGCGCUGGGGCACGUGACGGAGCUCCUUGUGCCGUUUGGUGUGACGUCACUGAAGUUUGCAGCGCAGUGCCCGCGUCUCGAGAAGGUGCAGUUGCUUGCGUACCUGGGGGACGCUGUGCGUGUGGAUUCCAGCAGCUUCCCAGCGAUCAAAACCCUCCAAAUGGAGAUGCCCAAGGCCAAGCCCCACACUCUCACUGUUCAAUCCAAGACGCUGGAAUGCUUCAAGCUGCUCGCGUUCCGUUCCUUCGGCAAUCCGUCCACGUGCUCCUUCGCCUGCCCCGAGUUAACGGAACUGCACCUCAACGUGCUGCCGCCGUCGCUGACUGCGAUCGGGGCGGGAUGCCCAAAGCUGGAGACGCUAGUGGUAGCGGGGGGCCUGCACCUGGACCCGGACGCGCAGUCCGACCCGAAAGUGGUAGAAAAGCUGACGUCACGGCUGACGGGGCAGGACGCGCUCGAGCAGAUCCGCAGCCUGCGGGACUUCCUGCCGGAUGCCCCCGACAUGAGCGCUUUUCUCCAGGACAACGAGGCGUUACAGUCCAUGUUUGCGACCGCAAUGGAAUUGGCGGACCCCAACAACUUCAUUCCUGAGGCAAGCCGCCGCCAGAUGUUCUCCGCAAUCCGCGCCGCCAUGCCGAGCCUCCUUCCCGCGCUUCACAACGCCGGGGGGAUCCCCCUCGACCCGGAAGCUCUAAACGCCCCCGUGGGCGAGGGGAAGGCUAAAGGUUCCGCGGAGGAAGAGGCCGCUCCUGGGGGGGCAGCGGAGCCUGGCGAGCAGGGAAUGACGAAUGGGGGGGAAGAGAGCGGGGCAGCGAAAGGCGCCAAAAGGCCGGCGGAAUCGGAAGCCAGUGGAUCGGCGAAGCGGGUACGACUGAACGACAUGAACAUGUUUGAAGAGAACAUUCUCAACGAACUGGAUGGCCGUUCAAGCAGCGAAGUGAGGGGAGGGGCGGAGAGACGGUUCGAUCCACUUGGGCUAGGAGCGAAGCAGUCGAGGAAAGGAAAGGAGAAGGUUGAGGAGGGGGGAAAAGAAAAAAGGCGGACGAGGUGGGGGGAGAAUAAGGUCGUGUGGGAGUACCAGGCCCUACUGGGAGAAGAGUUUCCGAGCCUGAAGGAAUUGCAUAUUCAGGUUUGGACCGUGGCGUCUCCGGCCCCCUCUUUCCAGCGCCGCUUCCGCCUCAGUUCCGACCACUCCUGGUGCAUCUGCCCCGGCCCGUAUUCGUCUCAUCCCACGAUGCACAACCCGUGGGAAGACCCGUUCCGCCGCAUGUUUGCGCAGCCAAUGCGGCGUCUCAACAAUGGCGGGUACGCCCCGUAUGGACUCCAGGACGGAGAAGACCUGGACGCUUAUUGCAACUUUCCCCCUGCGCCUUUCCUGCCGGACUACAUGCUAGGUUCCUACAGCAUGAAUGGUGAAGGGAGGGCGGUAGGGCCCUCGACCUCAACAGCAGCGCCCCGCGCCCCGCGUUCAGCUGCAACACAAGUCGAAGGGGACGGUCCGGCCACGGACGCACCCCCGCCAGAAGAGCCGUUUGUUUCGCGCCUCACACAAAAGGAACCGAUCGCGCGUGGGGGAAUGUACGGAGCCGUGCCGUUGCCUUCGAUUGACCCAAGGAAAGCUAGAGAUGCGCUCAAUUUGUCGCCUAACGGUCCGUCACUAGUGCUGGAUGUGACGUGUCCGAAGCUUCGCGAAGCGCAAGUGUUUUCGGAUCUGCAGUUACGGUCCGCAACGGUUGCUUGUCCGGAGUUGAGAUGCUUGAGGGGCUGGAUCGCCGCAGAAGGGGGGAGAGGAAUCAGAGACGGCGUGAGAUUGGUGUGCCCUAAAAUGGAGAAGAUGGACUGGCAAAUUGUAUGAGAAAGGACAUAAUUAAACAGUAGCCUGACGAACUCCAUAUAUAUCACUUCUUCGUUGCUUUGAGGAAGUUUUCAAUUUUAAAUGCUGUAGUCCGGCCGUGACGGCCUGCCAGUAAUUUUGGCAGUACCAGGAGCAUCCAGUUUCAGUACGUAAGACAGGGAACCCUCGUCCAACUAACUGUUGAUUAGCCGUGUUGAACUCGUUUAGCCGUACUUAUGGGCUACAAACUGGGUUGGGAAGCUGACUGGCUCUAAGUCACCUUGCAGAUGAUCGAGGUGAUAGUUUGAGAAAAUCAGAAACGGAACUUACAACGUUCAGGCAUAUACGCGGACAAAGGCCAUGCCCGUGGAUAGCGUCACUGCAUGACGCCAGCUAGCGAGGGCGGG